AUGGGGAACGCACAGGGCCAGCUGAGCCCGCAGGAGCAGAUGGACCUUGUUCACGCUGCGAACUUCAGCGAGCGAGACAUCAAGAAACUCUACAAGAGAUUUCGCGCGCUUGACACGAAUCAGAACGGAGAGCUCGACACGCAUGAACUCUUCGAUGUCCCCGAACUGGCGGACAAUCCGCUGGUGAAGCGCGUGCUUUCGAUUUUCGAUACCAACAGCGAUGGCAAGGUUUCCUUCAUCGAGUUCCUCGUCGGGCUUUCGAAGCUCGCGGCGGGCACGGACGAGUUUCAGAAAACAAAAUUCGCCUUCGACGUUUACGACAUCAACAAAGACGGCUGCAUCAGCAACGGAGAGCUCUUCGCAGUCAUGAAAAUGAUGGUCGGCAGCAACCUCAACGAUCAACAACUGCAGCAGCUCGUCGAUCGCACCAUCGUGCAGGCCGAUAAGGACGGCGACGGAAUGAUUUCCUUCGACGAGUUCCGCGAGAUGGUGUCCCACAUCGAUAUCGCGGACAAGCUCCGCGUGGAUUUGUGA